AGCAACAGCAGGGAGGAGCUUCCCUUUGAAGGGCAUGUGGCAGCCGCCGCUUAGAAACCGGGAGAUCCGGGAAAAGGAGGAGGAGGAGGAGCCACGGCUAAGUAACCUUCAGGCUCUCGCAGGCUCUCAGGGAGCAGAUCAGAACAGAAACUUAACAGGCAUUCUGGAGACCCAGCGUCUGAAGCCCGGGAAGGGUCUCUGAGUCUAGAGCUACUUCCCAGAGCCCUGAAGUACCGUCUAGGAUUGGGAAGCUGAGCCUGGAGCCCCAAUUCCGCAGCUUCAGAGCAUCUACCCGCUGCUCCCCCUCCCAUUUCCUGGCGUAAGGAAGCAGCCAGCUUGCUGAGCGCCUGACUUUCAACUCCUAGGACCCCUGUCCAGUGCUGACCCUUACCACCUGUUUCCUAGAAGAAACAACCCACCCUAGGAGUCGCCAUGGCGAAGAUGCUCCCAGCCCAGGAGGCAGCAAAAAUCUACCACACCAACUAUGUGAGGAAUGCCCGAGCCAUGGGGGUCCUGUGGGCUCUGUUCACCCUCUGCUUUGCUGUGAUCAUGGUGGUGACUUUCAUCCAGCCCUACUGGAUCGGGGACAGCAUUGACACACCACAGGCUGGCUACUUUGGCCUUUUCUCCUACUGCAUUGGCAAUGCCCUUACAGGGGAACUCAUCUGCAAGGGCAGCCCGCUGGACUUUGGCACCAUCCCCUCAAGUGCCUUCAAAACAGCCAUGUUCUUUGUGGGCAUCUCAACCUUCCUCAUCAUUGGCUGCAUCUUCUGCUUCAGCCUCUUCUUCUUCUGCAACGCAGCCACUGUCUUCAAGGUGUGCGCUUGGAUGCAGCUGGCAGCAUGUGCAGGCUUGUCAAUAGGCUGCCUGCUCUACCCUGAUGGCUGGGACUCACCUGAGGUGAAACGUAUGUGUGGCGAGAAGACUGACAAAUACACACUGGGAGUGUGCACAGUGCGCUGGGCAUACAUCCUCUGCAUCAUUGGGAUCCUGGACGCCUUCAUUCUCUCCUUCUUGGCAUUUGUGCUUGGCAACCGGCAAGACAAUCUCCUUCCAUCUGACUUCCAAGUGGAUAAUAAAGAAGAAGGAAAUGAAUGAAGACAAACAACCUCAAAUGUACCUUGAUUGAAGUGGGCGACAUACACAUUCCAACUAUCAAGCUGGAGUCCAGAAGGCUGCUUGAUACGCACUCCCAGACUUUUAUUGCCUGCAAACAUUCAACUGCGCUAUGACACAAAACCAAAGGCACCAAAAAAAAAGGGGGGGUGAGGACUCCUUUCGGAAAACUAACCAUUCUUUCUCUGGAAAGAUCACCUACUAGAUUCUCAAAACCUUUGCCUUUGCCAAGAACUAUACCCAAAUAUUCUUGAACUGAAGAUCUUCUAUGCAAGAAUCAACAUAUUUGUGAUAUUCUCUUUUAACUGAGGUAUCCAAUUAAUCAAGAGCCAAUGCAGGCAUAUAAUAAGUAACAAGCAGCCUAUGUGAAGUAAUCUGUUCCCUCUGUUUACAUGAAGCCAGAGUGGAAAGCCACAAAAGUAACUGAGACCCAAUGACAGGCACGCCCAGGAGAAUAGUAGACUUCCUUCUUUGAAGAAUGACUUUCUAUCCUGCACUACAAAGUGAUCGUGAAACUUCCUUCCAGUCAUGAGUUUGCUGUGCAUCAAGGAAAGCUGCUGACCAUGGAGAAUAUCUCUUGUUAGGUGUGCAGUUGCUUGCAGUUUUCAGAAUUUGGUCUUUUAUUCUGUUCUUAUGUUUAGUGUAGCCUACUGAGGUUUUCCGUAAAGCAUAAAUGAAAGAAACCUGCAGCAAAAAUUAGCAGUACCAACAAGAUGCAGUAAUACUCGCAUCCAAGGAAAAUAGGUCUAUAAGCAAGUCCCAGACAUCAGCCACAAAGCUAACCCUCCCCUCCCUUGGCCUUACAAAAUAUCCCACUAAGAUACCAAAAGAACCACAGAACAAGCAAAACAUGCUAGUAGUUGGGUAAUGCAUCUCUGCAGUAGGCUCUGUCCACUGCACAGAGCGUAUUAGAAAUAAACUCAAAUGAUAAGAUUAUGCUAAACAGAUCUACUCUGAAACCCAAGAGUAUUAACUGGAUUUCUCUUUAUGGUUAAUUAUCCGGGACAAUUCAAACAUCUCUUCCUGCAAUGAAACCAGUAUUGCAUUAAGAUGAUAGAGUUAAAAUAAGCUGCUAGUAUUGUAAUGUAAAUCUUAACUUAGACCAUGAUAAUGAAAUGUCUGAUCAAUUAUGCAUUGUGGUUUAUGCUUUCAAGAAUUAAUUUCAUCAUCUUUUCUCCAGCAGUCUAAAAGCAGACCACCAUUUCCUGAACUCAUCAGCCACCAAUAUUCUUUGUUUCCUUUUCCUGCCCUGCAGCCAUGCAACUAGAUCACUAUAUCCCCAUAACACAGCAGUGCUUGGAUUUAAUUUAAGCUUCUCACUGUCUCACAGCCUGUUCAGAUAAGAGGCUCUACUGUACGAAACCUGUGGAUGAAUAUAGACAGC